AGAACAUCUAUGAGAAUUCUGUGAGGAUGGAAGAUAAUGGAAUUUCUCCUAAGGGAUCAGGUCAUCGCACAUCCCACAAGAGAACCAUCUUCUUCCUGGUCUUCCUGGUUCUCCUGGUUCUCCUGCUGACCAUCUUGCUUAUUGCAGUGGUCAUUCUGAAUCACCAGAAAGAGAGAAAACUCCUGGAACUUGAAGGAAUGGCAAAGAAGAUUAGAACCUCCUUACGGCACAAUGUCUCUUAUGCAUCAGGGGAAGCUUCUGAGAGCUCAGUGCUUUCAGCUUUCGAGCUUUUGGAAGACCUUGAUGAGACUUUGUCCGAGACCCAGGCCCGUUUGAAGAAUGUCAGCGCGUCACAAGAAGCGGCCGAAGAGCGUUACAGCUCAGUGCUUUCAGCUUUCGAGCUUUUGGAAGACCUUAAUGAGACUUUGUCCAAGACCCAGGCCCGUUUGAAGAAUGUCAGCGCAUCACAAGAAGCGGCCGAAGAGCGUUACAGGAACGUUCAGAGAGUGAUCUCUGCCAGAUGGAAGUUUUAUGAGGGGAGCUUCUACUUCUUUUCCCAAGUGGCCAAGUCCUGGCAUGCAGCUGAGCAAUUCUGUACAUCAUACGGGGCCCACCUGACCUCUGUCAACUCCCGACAAGAGAUGGAGUAUAUUUUCAAGGCGGCUGGAGGGCAGAGUUUUUGGAUUGGGCUCUCAGACCAAUGGCAAGAAAACACCUGGACCUGGGCAGAUGGCACAAAAUACAACAAGGCGGUUAGUUUCUGGAGACCAGGACAACCUGACAACUGGAAUCAAGCACCGGAGCAGCAAGAAGAUUGUGUCCAUUUCGAACACACUGAGUUACAACAGUCAUGGAAUGAUAACAGCUGCCUCCGUGAAUAUAAAUGGAUCUGCAAGGCAGUCUUCUCCUGAGCAGAAGAAUGUAACUUGCUGGAUCAUCCCAAGGGACCAUCCAGCACAACGUUCUUCCUCCAACAAUGGCCAAUCAGAUGAUCCUGGUUGCUCACAAACA